CGGAAUCUCAGUCGCCGUCUGGUGGGGUAGAGCUGGCGCGUGCACGCGUGCGCACUGCGCGGGCGGGCCGUCGUGGGCGCCGCUCCCAGCAGCUGGGUGGCUGUGGGAGCCGGGACCCCGGCGGCGCGGGUGCUCCGGGCCGAGGCCGCGUGUAAUGUUCAAGCCCAGAAAUGCCGUAUGUGGAUCGGCAGAAUCGCAUUUGUGGUUUUCUAGACAUUGAAGAAAAUGAAAACAGUGGGAAAUUCCUUCGACGGUAUUUCAUACUGGACACUAGAGAAGACAGUUUCGUGUGGUACAUGGAUAACCCACAGAACCUACCUUCAGGAUCAUCACGGGUUGGAGCCAUUAAACUUACCUACAUUUCAAAGGUUAGUGAUGCAACUAAGCUGAGGCCAAAGGCUGAGUUCUGCUUUGUCAUGAAUGCAGGAAUGAGGAAAUACUUCCUACAAGCCAAUGACCAGCAAGACUUGGUGGAGUGGGUAAAUGUCUUGAACAAAGCUAUAAAAAUUACAGUACCAAAGCAGUCAGACUCACACCCGGCAUCAGACAACCUAAAUCGUCAAGGCGACUGUGGGAAGAAGCAGGUCUCCUACAGAACUGACAUUGUGGGCGGCGUGCCCAUCAUCACGCCAACCCAGAAAGAAGAAGUAAACGAAUGUGGUGAAAGUGUUGACAGGAAUCAUUUGAAGCGGUCACAAAGCCAUCUUCCUUACUUUACUCCUAAGCCUGCCCCAGACAGUGCAGUCAUCAAAGCUGGGUAUUGUGUAAAACAGGGAGCAGUGAUGAAAAACUGGAAGAGAAGAUAUUUUCAGUUGGAUGAAAAUACAAUAGGCUACUUCAAAUCUGAACUGGAAAAGGAACCUCUUCGGGUAAUACCACUUAAAGAGGUUCAUAAAGUCCAAGAAUGUAAGCAAAGCGACAUAAUGAUGAGGGACAACCUGUUUGAAAUUGUAACAACAUCUCGAACUUUCUAUGUGCAGGCGGAUAGCCCAGAAGAGAUGCACAGCUGGAUUAAAGCAGUCUCUGGCGCCAUUGUGGCACAGCGGGGGCCUGGCAGAUCAGCGUCCUCAAUGCGGCAGGCCAGAAGGCUGUCGAACCCUUGUAUACAGAGGUAUACAUCAAGAACUGGUGAAUGCGGCACGUAUGUGGCUCGCACGCAAGCGCGCCUUCUUAGUAGAGGGCCCGGCUUACCCCACAGCUGCUCAUAGAAAGAGCAUUCCAGCUGCUCUUCAGAACCCAAAUGCACUGCCCGUCCUGCCGGCGCAGCAGCCGCCACCUCACAUUCCACAGCCUCUCGCAGCCACUCUCUGGUCUCAAGCUUUACCGUGGAGAAGCGAGGAUUUUACGAAUCUCUUGCCAAGGUCAAGCCAGGGAACUUCAAGGUCCAGACUGUCUCUCCAAGAGAACCAGCUUCCAAAGUGACUGAACAAGCUCUGCUCAAACCUCAAAGUAAAAAUGGCCCUCAGGAAAAAGAUGGUGAGCCAGUGGACUUGGAUGAUGUGAGCCUUCCUGUCAGUGAUGUGUAAGGCGGAAGAUUGCAGGCUGCCUGCCCACCCAUCCUAGUGUCUUUCCUGGGGCUCCAAGCCAAAGAUGAUAAAGGUGAAAUGGUUUAGUGCAUAUUUUAUGCUGCCUCUUAGGGGUACUCUGUAAGCUGGCAAACCAGGAAUCUAGGGAGUGGCCAACACAACAUAAGGUCUUUAAGAAAAGAAGAAAAACCUAGCCAUGUCCAUAUCAGCUGUCUGAAGCUUUAUGUGUUUGGGGAUAAAACUUAUGUGAUAUUUUCUUUUUUCCUUAAUGACUUUGAGAGGUUAAAUAUUUAACAUUUUAAAACAUUAAAAAUUAUUAUUAUUUUAGUCAUUUAAAAAAUGCUAGUAUGACUUCCUGUUAAAUGUUCAAUAUUUACACAUUCUUAUUGGUUAACAUUAUCAAAUGGAACAUUGCCAGACAAGAAUUCCUAAAUUCAUUAUGUCUGUGGUGCUGUAAAAUUUAUAUUGCAAUGUGGACUAUUUUGAAAUUCUAACCAUUUUUGAUACCCUGAAUCUCAAGAUGAGUGGUCAGUUUUGCGUAGAACUUGAUUAUACUGUGGGUGAGGGUGGUGGGUUAUACAGAGACAGGGAAAGGGAGAAAAUUGGAACCCAGGCAGCUAUAUCUUGAGAUUUUUCUGUUGGGGGUGCUUUUGUGACAGGGUGUCAUUAUGUGACCCUAGAUCUUAAUAUGUAAGCCAAGCUGCCCUUGAACUUGUGGUGAGCCUCCUGCCUCUGCCUCCCAAGUGCUGGAAUUACAGGUGUGUGUCACCAGUACCCCACCUGAAACAGUUGUUUGGAAAAGCUUAGGACUUGCACCUGUCAGUAUUUCAUUUCAGUGAAAAUUAGUCAUAAAUUUUGGGACAAUCUGAAUUUUUAAUCAAAGUUUUGUAACUAGAGCUUAUUUCUGAAUUUGAAUCAGUAAAAGGCCUCAGUGAAGUCAUUGCUGCCCUUAGUCUUGAAAUUGUUGUGGCCUCUACCUUUGCAUCAUUAAUAAUUUACAUGCAAGUGCCUGUGUCUUCUUAUCUCAUUAGGAAUGUGCUCCAAGGUCCUACAUGAUUGGCUUUAAAUGUUUGAAUAAAAUUAAUGUUCAGUAGAUAGUUUGAUGUGUUAACUGAGAUAGCAUUUUAUGUUAAGAGAUACCAAAAUGCUGGUAUUAUACUACCUGUGCAAUAUUUAUAUUUUAAAAAUCAGAUUUGAGUAUGCAUUUAACCAUGGGAAUAUCAUAAAUAUAAGCACCUCUCUGAAGAAUCCUUAGUUGCAGGUGUUGAGUAACAGACUGGCUUGAGCAAGUUCUGUUUUGGGCCCAGUCUUAAACAUUCGCUUUAAGAAACUGUCACAUGCUGCUGCUCUAAGUGUCCGUCUUUUGUUUUGGAGUCAUACAAUCAACUGAGAGAGAGAGAGAGAGAGAGAGAGAAAGUUUGCUACAGUGGUGGGGUCCCGAUGGUAAGAUGUACUAGAAUUCCCCACUAUCAGUUUAAACACCCUUGUGCCCAGGAAUGCACCACUCACCCUUUUUAUUCAUAAGCUAAUAUUUUUAGAGCUCUAUUUAGAUCGGUCCCUUUCGCACCUACAUUUGGAGACGAUAGGCUGACGAGGUGUUUGGAUGUCACCCCUUCUCUGCUGUCGUACCAUGUGAAGGCUCUUUUGGAAGUUCCUCUCCAUGAGCGCGCCUCGGAGCCUGCUUGGAUGCUGCGGUGUUGACGCGCCUGGCGCUGCUUUCUUCGCACGGCCUCCACAGUGCACGUCCACUCAAGCAUAGUUUGAUAUUAGUGAUUUGAUACAUUUCACGGAGGCAAAUACUAGCUCUAUUUUGGACUUUUUAUAGAACUACCCUUAUUCAGAGCAUAGGAAUAUGUUCUUGUGAUCAUCGGGUUUUCCUGAUAUUUAUCUCAAUUCUUUUUAAGCCUACCAAAAUUAUUUAAUUAUUUUAAAACUUAUACUUCUCUUGUAAAUACGUCACAUCUGAAAUGCCCACAAUUGCUUGGAGUACCUUAAUGUCUGCUGCAUUUCUUCCUGUGUGUGUAACAUGUCUCCCCUCAGAACGGGCAGUGUGCCUCCUGUGACAUGUAACAUGUAACAUGUCCCCCUCAGAACGGGCAGUGUGCCUCCUGAUGUUUACUGUUACGUCUGCUUUCUUUACAUGUCCAACUGGUUGAACACUGUAAGGACUUGAGAAUAAACUCAGAAUUCAUUCUCACUUAA